AUGCCCUCCAGAGAAAACCCAAGAGAACCAUCAAGAAAACCAUAUACAAAGCGAAUUUCCAUUCCACCCGACAAAAAAAUUGACAAAGAACUAAUUAAUAUUGGAUAUUAUGACGAUGAUGAUUUGAGAAUAAUUCCUGCAAAUUAUACAAGAAAACGACUCGAUGAACUAGGUCUUUUUUAUUUCAAUAAGACGAUCUGGGCUAAUUGCAAGAUACUCGUUACCGGGAUUGCUGAUACUACUAAGGAGCAGGAAUUUCCAGGACACGAAUUAUAUCUCGUGUCGAAGAGUGACUACUUUAGGAAGGCGUUCGAGAAAUUCCACCAACGACGACCUGACAACAAUUUAGAAAUAAUUGAGGAUGAGAAUGGAUCCCAUCUAAGAAUCCGUGUUAAGAUCUUGGUACCGGAAUUUAGUAAAUUCGAUAAAAUGUUGGAAUGGAUUUACACCGGUGACAGUGACAAAUGGCUUUGCUCAGCGUUUACACCAUUUAAUUACAAAAUUAUCAUGGAGAAUGCCCAUUAUCUUGGGUUGGGGAAUGCAGCAAUGGCAGUUUGUAUUCAAUAUCGAGAACACUUAACGAUCUAUAGAAUGCGACUUGUGAGACAGUUGCAGGAGGAAUUAAAACUCACAAACAGAAAAAGCAUCUCUAUGGAAUAA